AUGACCGCCCUCCGAAUGUUCAUAUUUGCUGCUGUGCCUGUGGGUAUAAUGAUUCAAGCGACGAAUGGUAGAGACCAUGCUCAAGAGAAUGGCGUGUCAUCGCAGCAUUUCAAGGAAAACAUCACGGUUCAGUCGGGCCCCUUGUGCCGUUCAAGUAUCGGAAAGCAGCACUCUGGAUAUGUGCAAGUGGGUGGAUCGAACAGAUACUUUUACGUGGCUAUUGAGGCCGAUGUGCACCCUAGCAAGGCCCCCACUUUCGUAUACAUCAGCGGUGGCCCGGGUGAUAGCAGUAUCGCUUGCGUCAUGGGGCUCAAUGGACCAUGCCUUUCGGAUCCGACUGGGACCAAACAGCUGCCAAACCCUUACUCGUGGACUCAGCAUGCUAACGGUAUUUGGGUCGAUGCACCAGGGCCAACUGGAUUCAGCCUGGGACCUGUCGAGUCAAGCUUGGAAAACGCUGUAGCCAACUUGUGA